CGCUGCCGGAGCUCCGAGCCCGGGCCUGGGGACUCGGGAUCCCGCCGCCGGGGUCGCAGCAUGGGGCGCUUCGGCGGGGCCCUGCGGUGCAUCAAGUACCUGCUGCUCGGCUUCAACCUGCUCUUCUGGCUGGCAGGGUCGGCAGUCAUUGCUUUUGGACUGUGGUUUCGGUUUGGAGGCCCCAUGAAGGAUUUCUCGUCAGAGGACAGUUCCCCAGAGUACUUCUACAUGGGGCUCUAUGUGCUGGUUGGAGCGGGGGCCCUGAUGAUGGCCGUGGGCUUCCUCGGGUGCUGUGGAGCCACGCGGGAGUCCCAGUGUGUUCUCGGAUCUUUUUUUACCUGCCUAUUGGUGAUAUUUGCUGCUGAAAUAACCACUGGAGUAUUUGCUUUUAUAGGCAAGGAUGUAGCUAUACGACAUGUUCAGACCAUGUAUGAAGAAGCUUAUAACGAUUACCUUAGAGACAGGGAAAAGGGAAAUGGGACUCUCAUCACCUUCCACUCAACAAAUUGCAUUGAUGAAAUUGAGAGCAUAAUCAGUGUUAAGCUCCAGCUCAUCGGAAUUGUCGGUAUUGGAAUCGCAGCCCUCACGAUAUUUGGCAUGAUAUUCAGCAUGGUCCUUUGCUGUGCAAUACGAAAUUCACGAGAUGUCAUAUGAAGCUACUUCUACAUGAAAGUUGUAAUCUAGAGCAUACAAAUGUCACAGGAGCUGUCUCCUGGCUCAUUUUUAAUAUUCAAAGGACAUUAGGAUCUAAAAUAAUUUGCUGUUAAUUGUACAUUUGCACAUGUAUGUAUGUUUGGCUCAUUACUGGUUUACCCCUUGAGUGAAUGCCUAUGUAUGUUGACUGAAGCAUAUUCAUGUGUGAUCUGCAUGUUUCUGGUAUAUGCAUAAUGAAAUCUGUUUGCUGGGAAUUCCUGAUUCUUGUUAUGUGAGAGAAACACAUAUUUAACUCUCAGAAAAAGAUAAAAAUCUUUGAUAAACUUUAAAAACUUGGUUAUUUAGGAAAAAAAUAUGAUAGUGGGUCAGUUUCUCAGACUCUAGCCAUAGGAAGUUAGAUACAGAGAAUUCAGGGAUUUCUAGUUUGUGGAAGCAAUAAGCUACAGGAAUUGAGAGAUCAUGGUGCAGUGUUAAAAGUAACUGUGUUUGGGUUAGGUGUAAGGGUUUCCUGGGAUUUUUCUUAUAUACAUACUCUCCCCAGAAUUCAGGACUAAACACAUCUGUAAAACUAAAUAUAGCUUGGAAAAUCUAAUUUGACUAAGUCAUACUUUCCUAGUAUUUAAAAAACAAAACAAAACAAAGAAAACCUUGCUCUGGAAAGAGGUGUCACACAGACGAUCACAUGCCCUAUAAAACUGAGUGAUUUUAGAAAGAAAAUCUUUUAACAACUUUUUAAGGAAAUAUUUUUAUUCUUAUAUAAAGACAUUUAAAUAUUGCUUUAUGACUUUCCUUUUCUGACUCUUCCCUGAACUACUGUAACCCCCACAUACACAAAAGGGCUUUUAUCUCCAACUCUUCUGCAUUUCUUCAGAUGUAAGCAUAGAAAGACUAAAGCAAGAGAUCUGGCAGUUGCAAAUUGUGGGAAAGAGAAUUUUUACUGGCACUGUAUCUUUGAAAUACCUCAUAACUUGAGUUUACAUAUUUUCCUAAUUUUUGGGUAUUUUUCUUAUUUAUUCACCUAGAGAAUUCUUCUUUAUAGAUUAAGAACUACAGUUUUUGCCACUUAAAAUAUACUAUAUCAUGAGCAUCCUUAGCCAAACCAAAAUAAAGAGAAACAUCCUCUCCUAGUUUUGUGCACACAAGAGAGACAAGCUAAGGAAACAAAAAUACACACACAACAGAAAUAUGUUCCUUCUGUGCAGGUCUCCUAUAAAAAUAAAAUGUUUGUGUUCUUUAUGGUCUUGACGCUUCAUUGUAAUCCCAAAUUUACAAUCUAAAUUGACAUAUACGUCCAUUUUUAAAUAGCAACUUGGUACAUUUAGUAAAUCAUGGAUUUUUUAAAAUUACAUUUUAAAAGGCCACACAAAAAUGAAAGUAUGGGGGACUUUUGGAAACCCCCAAGUAAGUUUGUACUCAUGUGAGAACACAAGUCUUUGGGUCUACACUAAAGGAGAGUGUGCACUCCGAGAAAGUGCUACAAAACAUUUUGCUGAGAACAUGUAACCAUUUGAAAUAAUCUCACUCCCAUUGGGAACCACAUUUCUCCUGCCAUACUUGCUAUUGCUACUAACUGUGGAGGAAGAUUUCUAGAAAAAAAGUCAGACUGGAAGCAAGCCAAAAAUUUAAUUGUGCAUGGCUACUUUUCUGUGUCUGUAGCUAACAGAAAGAUUAUUUUAAGAAACUCAAUAGAUGUUUCUACCCUGGUAGUUGAGAAGUAGAGCUUUUUAAGUAAAGAACAAAAAGCCACCAUCUCUCUUGGUGGCUUAUUUCACCUGUCUGCCUGAAGACAGGAAACAGGCUUAAGGGCAUACUUAGGUUUCUUCCAGCUCAGAAUCUUCUGGGAUUCAACAAAGUGAGUUUCAUUCUACGUCUGAAUUAACCUUAAAGAAGUCUAGCUAAAAGUGGAAGAGUAGAGAUUUGUUCCAUAUGUGAUUAAAGUGUGACUUUUGGGAGUAAUUUUUCUAAAAUAUGUGCCAUGAGUAAAAUUAGAGAAUUUCAUCUCUGAGUGAGGGAAGAAUUAUAUACAUAUAUAUCUUGAAUCUACAUAUGCAUCUUGAAUAUAUAUCUCUUGAAUAUAUAUACAUGUAUAACUUGAACAUAUGUAUACGUGUGUGUGUGUAUGUGUGUAUAUGCACACAUACAUGUAUACAUAUAUGUGUACAAAUAUAUACACACACGUAUAAAGUUUUGAUUAUAUCUGUUUACCUGAACUAAUUUGAGAUCAGGCCCAAAGAUUUUCUUAAAUGUAUGAUGCCAAGGCACAGAAUUAAAACUUCUUGAUGAAAUAUUUUAAGUUAUUUCAAAUUAAAUUUUCUAUGUACCAGAAUUUCUUGUUUGAUUUAUCUUAAAAUCCUGUUAUAUCUUUAUACACACUCAUUCAACUUAUCUAAAUGCCUAUCAAUCAACCCAAAUAAUAUGGUGAAAAAGGAAAGAGUAGUAACCUUUCUAUAGUGUUACUAAUAGGAGAUGGGCUUAAAAACAACACGCUAACAAAGUUAUUGCAUAUAGUUAUAUUUCAAUUAAUAUUGUUUCACCCGAAUUACACCUCUUUUCCCCAGAGUAGCUCCUUUGUCAUCCAUAGUACAACCUGUAAAAUUACACACUGAUACAGAGGCCAGUGUAACCGCCCGUGCAAUCACCAAUGACAGGUGCUCUCCUUUCCCCUGUGAGCAGUGCCAGUAGGUUUGGCGUGGUGAGAAUGAGGCUCCUGGAAAGAUGGCAGUGAAGGAGAUAGCAUAUUUUCCCUUCUGAAGUAAGUUUAUCAGAGAUUAAAAAGAAGAGACCCCCUCUGUGUCAUGGGUAAAAUGUGGUUUCCAUGGCCCCAAGGGCAGCCCUUGAGUAUUUAGGAGGUGCACCCCAACUUUCCCGGUUCACCACUCCCAUGUAACUACCAGCCCCUUGAUUUCAGCAGCCCCAUUUUCCCCACCCCUAGGAGGGAGCACUAAUGAACGCUUGAAGCUAGUCACUUAACUACAUCAUCUUAGUUUGGCCUCAUCAAAAUCAAAUUUGUAUUAAGGUAUACUUUAAGACAGACAAAUGGUUUCUAUUUUCUUUCAACAUGACUUUUUUUUUUCUAUAAAAUGUAAGGUACUGUAUGUAGGUGUCUUUUGAAAGGUAAAAAGACUACAAUGCAAAAUGUUGUUAUUAAUCAUUUUGUUGGUUUUCUCAUUUUAAAAACAACCACUAAAUACAUUUCAGGAAUCCACUAUUCAGAUGGCUAUCUCCUGGGGACAUGGAAUACAUGAAGAAUAGAAGUAAUAUGUCCUGAAUGUUGCAAAGCAAAAUCUAUGCUGAUUUCACAAAGUUUUUAGCUAAUAUACCAGAAACACUCCAAAAUUUGGGUGUUGUUUUUGUUUUUGUCCUGUAUAAUUUAUGAUGGUUUUACUUAUAUUAAAUAGAAGAAAUUUAAAUUAAAUUAAAAGAAAUAACCAACAAAGUGCCUAGCAUGCCUGGCACUGAUGAAUAUUAUUACCUAUUGUUACAAUUAUUAUGUUUAUGAGUUUUUGUUAAUUAUAAGUCAAACGCGUAAUUGUGUAUAACUAAAGAUACUUCUGCAUGAUACCAAA